UCUGAAAUUUCAAGUGGUGUGCAUUACAUAACACUGGCAAUCACAGCAUGAUAUAAAGAAUUAGGCAUUCCAAACCACGUGACCAAGAUGGCGCCUGUAGGGCACACAUCUGCUUUAUCCAUAAGAGCUUAUGGUUGUUUCAGUUGUGUUUUUGCUAGUUUAUGUGUAUGUUCGUAAAUUAUUUAUAUUUUGAGGUGUUGUCGAGUUAUUUUUGAUUGUCCACACAUUCAUUUAAUAAUGCAGAGUGAUUAUAUGAAGAAGCUAUUAUUGGAAAAACGAGAUGUUGGAGGUUUGAUGUGCUGUUUCAUUGUUUUCGAUUAUUUACCUGGUUUUAUUCACAACUUGUAUUUAGUUAACAAUAUUUGAACAUGGCAUUUUGUUAUAGGUAUAAGAUGAAGUUGAAACUAAUUCAAGAUGUGGAUCCUUUCACACUCACAAGUGAUGAUUUGGAUUAUUCUCUGAAUGGCAUUCCACCAGUAACGAACAUGGAUAUUGUCACAUAUUUAGUGUUGACACAUAGUUUUAUACCAAUGAACAAAUGAAAGCCUUCAAGAGUCUUGAAGCUCAUAAGUAUUUUACCUCUGGAUUUGUUUUGAAAGCUAGGACGAAAGUUAUAAAUGAUUUCUACGUAUUGGUUGGAAAGGUAAAGCAUUCCCAGAGAACAAAUGCAAAACCUCUUGAUGUUUGGUGCAUUGUAACUAUGUACGGGUCAAUAGCUACAGCGAACUGUACUUGUGUCGCAGGUGCCAGUGAAGUUUGUAGUCAUGUUGGUGCCAUACUGUUUGCUGCUGAAUAUGCAUAUCAGAAAAAGAAUUCAUCUUGCAAUGAUUUUGGUGCCUUGUGGUCUAUUCCAUGUUUAUCUACGGUAAUGCCAAUUGAGCCUCUAAGCAAAAUGGACUGUGGACAAAUUGCAGUACCUUCAACAAUGCAACAAAAGACAGCAGUGCCACAGAUGACUGAAUCCGAUAUUGUCAAUUUACUUACAAGGAUUGAGACUAUUGGCAAAAUUGAAAGUUUAAUGAGGAUUAUUGAGCCAUUUGCCAGUAAAAUUUCUGGGACUGUAAAUAUGAAGCUUGCAUUUUCAUUGGAUAUAUACCAACAAAAUUACAAAUUCAAAACAUAUAUUGAAUUGAUGCAGAUAUCAAAAUCUAUUAAUUUAUGUUUAAAACAAGAACAGUGCAACGAAAUUGAGAAAAUCACUAGGAAACAACAUGCUACUAAUAAUUAUUAUUUACAUAGGGUUGGAAGAAUAACAGCUUCAAAAUUUAAAUCCGUUUGUAGAACAAAUAAAGAGUCACCUUCUCACUCACUAGUUGAAAGCAUAUGUUAUCCAAUUAAAAUAUUGUUUAGUCUGAAGCUACUACUUGGGGGUUUAAACCAUGAAAAAAUUGCUGUCAAAAAAUAUAAGGAAUGUAUGGAAGAAAAUCAUAUAUCCUUUAUUAUA